AUGCUGCCGGUUAGUUUGAGAAGUCUCACAACCCGAGCCAAUCGUGCUGCUGGUCAUCUCGCCGUCACUCCUCUCCCUGCUGCUUCCUGUCGUGUCAUGCUUAUGGCUGGUGUGGAAGCAACGACUCCUACUGCGGUGCAGGAUGCCAGAACGGGCCGUGCUCUGCUUCUCACAAGUCCUCCUUCCCCCACCUCCUCCUUCCCACCUCGUCCUCCCCAGUCCUCCGCCUUCCCCCACCUCCCGUCUCCUUCCCCACCAAGUGCCUCAGGGGGAGGAUUCUCUGUAUCCACGGGGGUUGUGGUGGGGCGGUGGUGCCGCGCGCUUGUAGCAUCUUCUUGGGGAGGAUUCUCUGUAUCCACGGGGGUUGUGGUGGGGCGGUGGUGCCGCGUGCUUGUAGCAUCUUCUUGUUGUGACUUCGUUUUCCCUCACCUCCGCCUUCCCCCACCUCCCAUCUCCUUCCCCACCAGGCGGCUCAGGGGGAGGAUCCUCUGUAUCCACGGGGGUGGUCGUGGGGGCAGUGGUGGGAGCUGUGCUGCUGCUGCGGGGAGUGGUGUUUGUAGUGCUGUUCUUGUGACUUUGCCUCCCCUCACCUCCGCAAUUCUCCCCCACUUACCAUCUCUUUCCCCACCAGGCGGCUCAGGGGGAGGAUCCUCUGCGGCUCAGGAGGGGGGUCCUCUGUAUCCAUGGGUUGGUGGUGGGAGCGGUGCCUGUGGCUGCAACUCAGGAGGAAAAUCCUCUGUAUCCACAGGGGUGGUGGUGGGGAUUGUGCUGGGAGCGGUGGUGCUGCUGCUGGGAGUGGUGAUACUAGCGGUGUUCUGGUAUCAGAGAAGGCGCAGGGCCAAGGCAGCAGCAGAGAAAGGAGCCACAGAUGAAGGGGAUGGUGGUGGGAGUGGUGCUGCUGGCGCUGCAGAGAAUGGUGCUUGUAGCGAAGGCGGAGGGCCAAGGCAGCAGCAAUUCAAGGAGCCAAACAUGAAGGUCGAGGAGAUGGCAUCAAAGAAUCAUGUCAAUCUCGUGCGCCUCUUGGGCUACUGCAGCCACAUGGACGCGGCAACUGGGGCCAUAGAGCAGAUUCUGAUCUGUGAGUACAUGCACAACGGCGACCUCGAGGGAUGGGUCGGACCAGGUGUGGCUGCCCCCCUCAACCUGCGGCAGCACUUUGUUGUGCUCAUUGGUGUGGCUCAAGGCCCUCAGUACCUCCAUAGCCUCAUCAUCCAUUCCCACGCCCCUCACUCCUG